CUUUCUAUUGGUUGAGAAAAAUGGCCAGACAUCCUCGAAGAGAAAUGUAUGCGCGCCUUUUCUGUCAACCCGAAUCAAAACACUAAACAAAGAAGAUUGGUGGAAGUCGCUCGUCGGAUUUCUAUUCAGUAUAUAAAUCCAACGCAAUACGUUUUGUAAACAUAUAAAGUGAAAUUAACGAUACAGAUAUUAUAAAUCGAGUGUUGUGAUUAAGAGGAUGGCUGCUCGGAAGCUAAAUACUCUUGAAGAUUUGAGUGAAUCGUGGGUGGAACUGAAUUCGGGUGUUCUGUCUGGAGAGAAUGAGUACAUCAAACUGUUGCGCGAGGCUCAGAGGGAGAGUCGGGACUCGUCGGUCAGGCACUCGAGGGCCUCCAGUGUUAAGGGCAGUCCGAAAUCACCACCGAACAGUCCCAACUUGGAGCCGUCCACUGAGGAUGAGAUGAAGGGCGUCUACAUCAACUGUUGGAGGGACGACUCCAACGACUGGGUGUGGGAGUGGAGCAGCCGCCCGGACCAGAUGCCGCCCAAGGACUGGCGUUUCAAACACCCCCAGCCGGUCAGAGGUCCACCUUCAGCCAGCUCCUCCAUCGAGGUGUUGGAGCAACUGGCACCGGCCAUGACACAGAGUCACUGCCUGUCCGUGCGCCGAGCCUGCCUGUUCAGUCGCGGAGCCCUGGCCGCUGUGCUGAUCACAAACGUCGUGUCCCUGCUGGUGGGGGCUGGCAUUGGAGUGUGGCUCAGCAAGCGCGGCAUGCUGCCCCCCAGACUGGUGGUGCCCUGCUAAUGACUCGAGAUAGCGUUGUAAAACAGGAAAAAAAAACAUUAUAUUUUAUCAAAAACAAAAAAAAAAACAUGUAAUUUUCCCUCGUCGUGUUUAUUUCAAUGUUAGGGAUGUGUCGGAUCUCUCGCGCGUCUGUUGAAAAAUAUUUAAUUUUUUGUCUAUUUUUCAACAGACGUGACGUAGCUCGCUAGGGAUGUGCUCGGGUUGCGAUUUCUUCAGACGCAUUUCGGUUAUCUAUAAGAUAGGAUUCGAGUGCAUAGUGAUGUAAUUGAAAUCGAAUUGUAUUCAUAUCGAUUGUUCGUUAAUCGAUACAUCAAUUCGAUUGCAAAACAGACUGCUAGUAUAGGAAAGAAAUUUUAAAACUUUUGUAUUUUCUCACUUAAAAGAAUUAUAUAAAGUUAAAUGUUAUUUUUUCCCUAGUCUUAAGUUAAAAUAUUCACUUAAUUUUAUUGUUUGUUUUUUUUUAACGUCCAGGAGGAUAUUCCAUACAUAGAUUAAAUUAUAGAGUAUUUUCUUCUUUCGGCUUUUGGGAUUUUUGUUUUUUCUAAAAGUCACUACAACAGCCGUCUUAGUGUUUCUAAACUAUCUGUUGGUAAAUUUUUUUUUUAUUUCUCUUCAAACGUCAACACUUGUCUAUGGUCGCGAUGGCUCAGUUUUUUGGUCGGCUUGCUUCGUGCCUGCUCGGGGACCUCGAUUCGUUUCUUAAGUUUCUUAAUUCUAUAAACACAGAAGUAUAGUUAUUUAUUUUUAUUUUUCCUUUUGGUUAUUUUAUGAAGUGAUUCAGAUUUAUUUUAACUGUAUAUAAGUUCCAUUGUAACCUAGAUUUAGUGCUUUCAAUAAAUGAUGCAUUUUA